AACAACUCCUUCUAUAAAUGCUGUACGUUGUGGGUUCUUUCUUACUCAUAAACCCAUACAGCCAUACGGCCCAUACUCAUGCAAUGGCUUCUCCAACUUGUUCUCAUUUUUGUUCUCUCUUGCUUCUACUUCUUCUUCUUCCUCUCCUUCCCACUGUUUUCACCUUCACCAAAGACGACUGUCAAAUAUGGCUGAAAUCACCUGUACUUGUACAGGAUAAACCUCCAAAACCAUGGUUGUCCCCUUCAGGUGAAUUUGCCUUGGGAUUCUGCCCUGUUUCUGGAAGUCAAAACUUCUUGCUUGCUGUCUGGUUUGAUAAAAUAAAAGAUCAAACAAUAGUUUGGUCUGCAAAUGGCAAUAAACUAGCGCCCCCGUCGUCUCAAUUUAAGCUGACUAGCGAUGGUGAGUUUGUACUCGAUGAUCCCGAUGGUGGUCUGUUAUGGAAGGCUCAAACGAAUGGAAUCAAAUCCACUUGUGCAGCUAUGCUGGAUAAUGGGAACUUUGUGAUUCUAGACGAGAAUUAUAGUCCUAUAUGGGAGAGCUUCAAAGAGCCAACUGACAGUAUUUUGCCAGGCCAAAUACUGGGCAUGCCUAGCAUCCUCAGGUCUCAACGGUCAGAGACAGAUAAUGCUGAUGGGAAAUUCCAGCUCCGUUUGCAGCAGGAUGGCAAUCUGGUGCUUUAUCUUGUAUCCUUGCCAACUGAAGAACCUCUUGCAGCUUAUUGGGCGACCGGGACAAUGGGCUGGGAAUCACAGUUGAUCUUUGAUGAGGCCGGCUACAUUUACAUCAAAGAUGUGAACAAAUCAACCACCUACAACCUUACAAAGGAAGUCCAAAAUUCAAAACAAAUGUUUUACUACCUGGCUGGAGUUGACUAUGAUGGAGUGUUCAAAUUAUACAAACACCCCAAAAAUGAGAACAUGGCAAGUGAUACAAGCUGCAGUUUAUCCUGGACUGUCGUGCAAGAGAUUCCUGAUGAUAUUUGUAUGACAGUCGCCAGUGGUUAUAGCGUCGGGUGGUGCGGGUAUAACAGCAUUUGUGAGAAAAGAUUGAGAGCGGCAGCCUGCACCUGUCCUGAUAGAUACUCUUUUUUGAACCCAUCUGACCCCUGGAAAGGCUGCAAACCAGAUUUUCCACUGCCCAGCUGCCAGACUAAUGGAUGGGAAGCAGACAAAGAGCAAGUAGAAUUUCAAGAACUUCACAACAUCGACUGGCCGCUCUCUGAUUACGAUCUUCAUUCAGGAGUUGACAAGGCGAAGUGUCAACUACUAUGCCUCAAUGAUUGCUUCUGUGCCGCAGCCAUCUAUGAAAGGAAUGGUAGUUAUUGUUGGAUGAAGAAGUACCCUCUGUCAAAUGGAAGAAAAAGCCUAGAUAUCACUAGAGUAGCUCUCCUCAAGGUACCUAAAGGUAAUGUUACAAAUAAGAAAGACCAGUCGACUCUGGUACUUGUCUUGGCACUACUCCUUGGCAGCUCCACGUUCCUCAAUAUCCUUCUCCUGAUAGCUAUUUCUGCAGCUCUUUUCUUCUUGUACCAUAAAAAGCUGAAUUCGGCAAGCAUCGCAAGCACAUCUGCCACAAACAUGAGAAGCUAUAUAUAUGAAGAGCUUGAAAAGGCAACUGGUGGGUUCAAGCAAACAUUGGGUAGAGGAGCUUUCGGAACAGUUUAUAAAGGGGUCGUUGCAUCGGAUCCUAGGAGAUUUGUUGCGGUCAAGAAGUUAGAAAAGGUUGUAGGCGAAGGGGAGAAGGAGUUCAAAACAGAGGUGAGUGUGAUAUGCCAGACUCACCACAAGAAUUUAGUCCGCUUGCUUGGCUAUUGUGAUGAGGGGGAGCACCGGCUUCUGGUGUACGACUACAUGAGUAAUGGCUCUCUUGCUAGCUUUCUUUUUGGGAUAUCCAGGCCUCAUUGGAACCAAAGAGUGCAAAUUGCUUUUGGAAUUGCAAGAGGUUUGAUGUACUUGCAUGAAGAGUGUAGCACCCAAAUCAUCCACUGUGACAUAAAGCCUCAAAACAUACUUUUGGACGAGUACUUCACACCUAGGAUUUCUGAUUUUGGGUUAGCAAAGCUUUUGUUGGCCGAGCAAAGCAAAGCAUAUACACAAAGAAGAGGAACUGUUGGGUACUUCGCACCAGAAUGGUUCAGUAAGGCAUCCAUUUCAGUUAAGGUUGAUGUUUAUAGCUUCGGUGUGAUGUUGCUUGAGAUCAUUUGUUGCAAGUCUAGCGUCUCGUUUGCAAUGGGAGACGAAGAGGAGGCAUUGAUAGAUUGGGCUUAUGAAUGCUACAUAGAAAAAAAACUAGAUAAGUUGGUGGAAAACGAUGAGGAGGCAAGGAAUGACAUGAAGAGGCUAGAGAGGCUAGUGAUUGUGGCAAUUUGGUGCAUUCAAGAGGAUCCUUCGCUAAGACCCACAAUGAAAAAGGUUACACAAAUGCUUGAGGGAGUGGUUGAUGUUUAUGUGCCCCCACGCCCUUCAUUGUAUACUUCUCCUCCGCCCAUAAUUGCUUAAUUAGAGAUUUCUGUGCCGAUAGGUAAUACAUGACAAUUUGCAUUAUAUAUAUAAAUUUCCUACAAAUUGAGUUGUAGGAAUUCCUCCAAA